UGACACGUCUAAUCCCUUCGUGAGUCAAGCUGAGAGUGACUGCACCAGAACAGCGUUUCGAAUACACGCUAGAGUUGACGCACUCUAAACACGUGUUUAGUUCUAUUUUUAAAUUGGUGGUCUCACAAAUUCCACCAAUCAGCAAAGACAAAACAAAAGUGGCACGAGAAGUGGAAGGAGGAAACGGUGGUUUUUACCGAGUGUUGAGUCAGCAGCUGAAAUUUCCAUGUAAUGAUGGGUGACCAAGUAAUUAAUGGUAAAAAAUGUAGAGGAAUGUCAGAGUUGGAAAAGUUUGAGGAAAUAUUUCCUGAACUCGUAGAAGAUCUCACCAAGCCAGACGUGAAGAAUCCGGAAAUUUCACAAGCGAUUGACUGGUUCAAGAAGGUUUGUGAGUACAAUGUACCGCAUGGAAAGAAGAAUCGGGGUGUUUCAGUAGUUACAUCUUACAGAGAGUUUGUUCCUGAUGCCACAGAUGAAAAUCUUAAACGAGCUAGAAUACUUGGCUGGUGUGUCGAAUGGCUUCAAGCCUUCUUCCUUGUUGCUGAUGAUAUCAUGGACCAGUCUAUAACCCGGCGUGGUAUACCUUGUUGGUACAAGAAGGAGAACGUUGGCCACAUUGCAAUAAACGAUUCGUUUUUCCUGGAAGCAGCAAUAUAUAAAUUGCUAAAGAUUCAUUUCCGUGAUCAGCCCUAUUAUACAAGUAUCAUGGAGCUCUUUCAUGAGACAACCAUGCAGACUGUGAUAGGCCAGUGCUUAGAUUUGACCACAGUACCACCAGGGGGCACCGUGGACUUUUCAUCUUUUACAAUGGACAAAUACAGUGGCAUAGUGAAGUGGAAAACAGCAUUUUACUCAUUCUACUUGCCUGUGGCACUUGCCAUGCAUAUGGCUGGGAUUUCCGAUGACAAACAACAUGAAAAUGCCAAAAUGAUACUGUUACAAAUGGGUCACUUUUUCCAAGUACAGGAUGACUAUUUGGACUGCUUUGGUGAUCCAGAGGUGAUUGGUAAAAUCGGCACUGAUAUAGAGGACAACAAAUGUGGCUGGUUGAUUGUACAAGCUUUGCUCAACGUGAAUGAAACCCAGCGACAAAUUCUGCAGGAAAACUAUGGGCAGUGGGAUGGUAGCAAAGUGGCUAAAGUGAAAAGUGUCUACAAGGAGAUAGAUUUGGAGACCGUGUAUAGGAACUAUGAGGAAAGUAGCUACCAUGAGCUGAUGGACCUCAUAGACAAAUGUUCUGGUAGUUUACCCAAAGACGUUUUUAUUAAAUUUGCCAAGAAAAUCUACAAGAGGCAGAAAUGAGCAAAUUUUACUGCUAGAAUGUACAUUAUAUUGUAUUAUUUAUAAUCAACACAAUUUACUUGAUAAAGUGUUCUGUUUUAGCAAAUUAAAUUAACAGUUUUAUAAAAUUUUAAAGUUGUCAUCAUGCCUUUGAAUCUUAGGGCAUGUAUACAUUUUUAUUAAUGCUAAUCACAAACAAGACUACAGUUUUAAUAAGUGAAUGUACAUUCACUGUCCACAGAUGUCGGCAAUUGCCUUGAUGCAGUUUAAAUUGUUUAACAAAAUGUUUCAGGAAGCACCUAGCCAUUAUGGCUAACUGAAUUUUUAUGUCACUAAGGCUGGAGAUUGCUUAUACAUUUAAAUAAAGAAAAGUAAAGUUGAUCAUAUAUUCUAGCUGCUCAAAUAUACUCAAGGUUGACGAUUUAAGUAUUUUCCGCCCAAAAAAAAGUAUUACAUAGCAGCUAAUUCAUUUGAACUUUUAUCAGAUCACGCAACCAGUCGGUUUAUUUAACCAAUCUGUUUAAGAAUUAGCAGUUUCAUCAUGUGGCUACUGACAGAGUGAGCCAUGAUAUUUGUCAUUGGUUGAGGAAUAAUUUUUUAUUUUAUUUUUGUUGAUGGUCAUCUAAUAAAUUAUGUAUAACAUGCCUAUACAUACAGAUAUUAUUCAUGUACAAGAGAUAAUGUUGAAGGAUAUACUGUAGAUCCUGAAAUUAAUGCAAUCAUAAUAUAAAUGCGAAAAAUGCAAAUUCGUGUUAUUUGCAUUACCCAGUAAUAAUAUGAUACUGUAGAUCCUGAAAUUAAUGCAAUCAUAAUAUAAAUGCGAAAAAUGCAAAUUCGUGUUAUUUGCAUUACCCGGUAAUAAUAUGACACCUUUAUUUCUAUGUUUUGUCUAUGUGUCUGACGUUAUUAAAAAACAACAACAAAGAUUAAAAUUCUAAUAUAUUUAUAAAACAACUGGAAAGCAAUAUAUCAUAGGUGAGACAGACUAAUUGUUCAAUAGUCCAGCAAGAUGCCAGCCAAGUGUGCAGAUUGCAGGGUCUUUGACCACAUUAUCAGUAGCGAUUCAUUGCGCGUGAAUGGGUUUUAGCACACUAAUCCUGAGGUCGACCGUUUCUUUGUUUUUACUGUUCAAGUUCACUGUAAUUUUGUCAGCAUACCACUUUGUGAAUUGUUCUUUCAUUAUCACUUUGAAAUCGCUGUUCACAGAUAAGGAAGGUACAGUUGUAUGGUAAUGUUUAGCCAGGUUUAGGUAACUAUACACGUUAUGUAAAUUACUACAACAAUAUGCUUUGAGUUGAUCUCAACAAAAACACUAGGCAUUAAACAGGCUAAUUGGUGUUUAAACAGACAGGUUAGUGAAUUGAAGACGCCUGUAACUCUGAUUUAACAGAAAAGUACACAGACGUGUAUUGUUAGAAAAGUAAUAUUUCAAAGGGAGGUCACUCGCAUUAAUUUCAUGUCACAUUUUAGCCCACCCUCACUUGCAUUAAUGUAGGGACGCGUUUAAUUUCAGGAUCUACAGUAUAUGUUUUGUCAAAUGAAGGUUAAAAUGGUAAUAUUCAUCAGACAAGCAUGAUUGUUAAUGGACAGCUGACAAAAUUUACCUCAUUAACAGCAUAUCCAGUGUUUAUAAACUGUUCUACCUUGUGCAUGUUCAGUGAAGAUCCCAAUUUAAUUGGAGGAUUUGUUGGCAUUUUUGGGGGAGGGGGGGUAUUGAAAAACUGUAUAUGGUAAGACCCAAGUACAAAAUUUAUGACCACUGCACUUUUUGCUACCUUAGGUUUUGUCUAGCCUUUACAAAGUAAAAAGGCGAGAUGCAGGUAUUACAUUUUCAACAGCGGUAUCAACUGUUAAAGUUUAGAUCAGUUUCUUACAAACUGUAAGUCCUAGGUCAAUGAAACUUGGUUUGUUGUUGCAUCUGUGGAUGAUGAACAGGAACAUCCAUAGGUGCAACUACAAACCAAGUGCAUCGAAAACCUUUAUGGCAGGUAAUACCUUUAAUUCUGUAGAAUUUUGGUUAAUUUAUAGAAAAGUCUUAACACAGAUGUUUGCUCCAGCCUUAGCUUUCAGCCAUCCAUUUUCUGUGUUAAUGAUGAUUUAUAUUAGUUCACCCACCCCCGCCUCACUCAACUCCAUUCCUUAUGCUCAGGGAAUAGUACUAUUCUUAAACAAGAUACACAAGUGAUAAAAUAGGAAACAAUGAUUUUCAGUUACCAUAAAUGCAUUCAGAUAUUGAUACCUUGAGGUUAUCAAUUUCACAAAACCGUAAGAUUGUUCUGGAGAGCACUUAUGUCAAAGUUAUUUGAUAUUAAUCUAUACAAUUCUGUUAUUAUUUUGAACCACAUAAAAAUGUUUUAAUGUUCUCGUAGAUAAACCUGACCUCAUCAAGUGCAUUUUCUCCAUUCAGAAUUAUACAUAUAUGUUUGACAUCCAAUAGCCGAUGAUUGAUUAAUGUGCUAUAUAUUUUUUUGAAUACAUGUAUGAAAUUAUUGGGAGGUCAAAUCCAGUUUAAAUUACUACAGAUAUUAUGACGACCAGACACAUUGACAUUCUAAACAAAAUGUAUUUAAUAUGUAAUGUCAGUCGUUUUAAGAGAUCUGUUAGUAGAAAACAUCUUACAAUGCAACAAACUUAUGACAGUUUCUUCAAUGUCACUGAGCACUCUGCAUCAUUUGAAGGCAGGCUAAUAUAUGGUUGUUCAUAGGAGAGGGGGUAAGGCAUUUGCACUUGGUGAUAUGUCAGGUUAAAUAUUCUUUAAAAGAAACCAAUAUAUACAAUGUAUGUAGUUUUUAUCUUAUGUUUUGGUCUUAUUUAAACAGUUAAAAUUUAUGUGUGCCUAUUUGGUGUGUGUGCGUAUUCAGUUUUUAGCAAAAAAUAACUAACAAUUAUGAGUUGGAGAUGAAAAUAUAGUGAUGUGAAUCAUCUACCUAAUGCAUUUUAAGUAAAUCGAAUUCAAAUUAGAUAUAUAUGUCUCUAGUGUCGGGUCUAAUUUAGAAAUUAUUAUUUUCCAACACCCAAUGCCCAUAAUAUAACAUUAUAUAUCAGUUUAUUUCGGACAGAUGUACAAUGUAUACCACCUACAGUCCUCACCAGGAAAGGCGAGUGAUCACUCCCGCUCCCUUCCACAAUGGCCUGUAAAGUUUUAGGAAAGUGGCAAAUUGAUCGCCUUGCAAUACAUUUUUUAAUGUUUUAUUUGAAAGUUCAUGUGAUUGCAUGCCUAGAACAAUUUUAGGAGAGUAAUCUUCUGCUCGCCUUAAUUUUCCUCAUUGCAAAGACUGACCUAUAACACAUUAAUUUUAUAUUUUCCCCUACUACCCCUUCCCUCCUAUAUUUAUAGCCUGGUGAACAAAAACAAAUCUGUUACCACAUUUAAUAUACCACACACAUUUACUGAUCGUCAUUACAUAUUACUUGUUAUAAACAGUAUAAAAGUGUCAUUGAAGAAUUAUUGAAAACAGACCAGUGUAUUCCCCAUUGGUGACUGUCUCUGUGUGUGUGUGUGCGUGUGCGUGCGUGCGUGUGUGUAUGUAAAACGAACAAUAAUUGCAAUGAACAAUGUUAACCAGUUCGUAUUAUUUAUUUAUUAUACAUGUAUAUUGUUAGUUUGUGAAGUUGAAUACAUUAUAGCAAAUUGUACAAUAUUGAAAUUUACUGUCACCAGCUUUCUUGUUUCCUUAUCGAUUAUAAAAUUACAACAUGA